UUUUCUCUCUUUUUUUUUUUUUCUUUUUUCUCCUUUAUUAGUGUUUUGUAGGUUCUAUGGAAGAUAUUGAAUUAUCAAAUCACACUUUUAACAGUGAAACGACAAAUCAAUAUGUUGAUAGCAAUCAUAGUGAUACAGAAACUAUAAUAAAAGAUAACAUAUCAUCAACAAGUUAUCAGCCAUCAUCGCGAGAUAGCAAUAUCGAUGGUGAAAGGCCUAAUAUCGAAAUCGAGAAAAGUUUAUGGCGUAAACAGUGGAUUUCUAGGAUGCCACCUCUUCCAUUAAUUCGUACAAUCCUAAAAGCAUCUAUAGCUAUUUUAAUUGCUUUACUUUUUGUCUUUGUUGAUAAUUGUAGAAAUGCUAUUGGAACCGCUAGUAUUCUUGUACCCAUUGGCACUUUACUUCAUUUUCCAAUUCAACCUUUAGGUAAACAAAAAGAAAAUUAAAUGUAAAUGUAACAAAUUUAAUGUAGAUACAUAUAUAUAUAUAUAUAUAUAUA